AUGCUUGAUUCACCACGCCUACGAUCACCUUCCUUAGGUCCACCUAAUGAGAAAGGUAUAACACCUAGUGGGAAAAGAAGAUCGGGAUUGAGGUCGAGGGGAACCCAGUUAUUGGCGUUGAGGUUCGGAUGGGUCGUAUUGGUCAUUUGGUUCGAAGUCGGAGACUUCUUCCACUCCCUCUCGACCUGUCGAUUCCCCGACUCCUCCCUACGCCGGUCCAACCCUCAUCUCAAAUCCGCACCUACGCAUGUCGUCCUCCUUGCAGAUCCUCAUGUCCCACAUCCAGUGCUAUCAUAUCCUGAUGACAGUAGACCAUGGGUGAAUUGGUUGAAGCAGCAGAUAGACGAGCUGUUCAUGAGGAAAAGUUGGAAUGUCGUGACAAGGCUGGGAAGGAUAGAUGCUGUGAUCGUGUUAGGGGAUAUGCUGGAUUGUGGAAGGGGAGUGAUGAGUGACGACGAGUACGAAGAAUACUAUAACCUCUUCCGAUCUAUAUUCCAACUUCCCCCUUCAGUUCCCAUGCACUUCGUACCGGGCAAUCACGAUAUACCUUUAGGUCCCAAUCGGCUAUUCUCGCCUCACGCAAGAGAUAGAUACGCCAAACACUUCUCACCACCCAAUGCCAUUUUGCCAAUAGCGAAUCACAGUCUGAUCAUGCUGGAUGCGGUGGGAUUGGUAGAAGAGGACUAUAGGCGGUAUGCGGCAGAGAUGCAGUUUGGAGAGUGGGAUGGUGUUGAAGGGGGUGUGAUUGAGUUCGUAAAGGAUUUAGGUGACAAUCCCCCACCAGGCCCUAAAAUCCUGAUAUCGCAUAUACCCCUCGCUCGACCUGAAGCCUCAACAUGCGGACCAUUACGAGAACGAGGACGAAUACUGAAGGGUGCCGGACCAGGAUAUCAGAACCUAUUAGGAAGCGAAACGUCGAGAUUCUUAUUGGAAGCUUUGAAACCUAGUAUAGUGUUUAGUGGGGACGAUCAUGAUUAUUGUGAACAUCGACAUCCUCAAGGUAUUCGAGAAGUAACCAUCAAGUCAUUCUCUUCAUCAACUGGUAUACGUCGACCUGGAUUCCAAUUACUCUCUUUAGUCCCACCACAACCCAAUGGAUAUGCCGGAUCGGUCACACAUGCCGACCGACCAUGUCUCCUACCUGAUCAAUCUGGCUCAUAUUACCGAGUCUACCUCCCUCUAGCGAUUUUAACAUUCUUAUUCCUCUUCGGAACUAACAUACGUGCGGCAUGGCAAAGAUGGUCAGGAUCGUCCAGCAAGAAUGGAGGAGGAGGCUCGUAUUAUGGUGAUUUGAAAAGCAGAUUAUCGCCUGGUAUAUUAUCAUCGGAAACUAUGCCUUCAUCCAGUAAUCCCGGUAACCCAUCUCUGUCAACGAGAAGGGGAAUGUCAGAUAGACCUGUACCCUUGACUUUACCAAGUCGGAAAUCUUCACACCAAUUAGCCGGUAUGGGAUCUACUACUGCUACACCUGGCUUGGGUCCAAACGGAGGUGGUGCACGAAGAUUCCCUUCUAAUCCUACUUCCACUUCUGCUUCUGCACCUGUAUCGCCAUUCGCUUCUCCCAGGAUGUCAUUCGUAGAUGAACAUCGACCGAAUUUCCCCUCGGGCUCUGCUUCGAGUUUCCCAUCGGGUCUGACGAGAAUGGAUGAAGAUCCCGAAUUGGGUCAAAACCAAUCUCAAGUAUUUGAUCCUUCAUCACCUACACCUAGCGUAUCGAGAAGAUCAAGUUAUAUAUAUAUGAACGAUAACAAACAUCAUCAACCAUCGCAACAAUAUGGAUUAAAUGAUACUCCGAGUGAAUCUGGUCCACCGGGUGGAUCAUAUUUCUUACCUCUUCCCGGAACAGGGAACGGUAAUGCUAUUCAAGCAGCGGGAUUAGGAUUUACUACGCCAUUAGGAUCGACUUUCCCCUUGAGUGGAUCCAGCACGGGUGGUAAUGCUCAGCAAUUAAGAAGAGUAUCCUCAUCGACUUAUUCGUUAGCUUCUCAUAAUUUACCGACCGGUGGGGGGUUGAUCUCACCAGCACCAAUAAGGAGAGUGACGAUGCCUAGAUUAUUAUCUACGAAUGAUUGGACCAGCGCAGCAUCCAAGAAAGAUAAAUCCCUGUUCAAUUUCGUGUUAUCCCCCAAUGGACGGGGAAGUCUAGGUGGACUGGUAGAUACGUUGAAGAGGUUUGUCAUCUGGAUGUGGAAAGCUAGGAAUGGAGUGGUCGCCAAGUCCUGGAAAGAGGUUUGGGCGGUGGCGUGGCCUGCGGGGAUUGUUUGGGUUUUGGUGAAUGCGUUGUUCUUCUUGGAGUAA